AUGUUCUUAUCAUCGACUAACGUUUAUUUUGUAAGAAAUAAAACUAUAAAUAAGUUGAAAAAUCGAUACCCCAUGCAUCCAGAUUUUGACAAUACGCCGACUGAAAAGUUUUUGGUGCAAAAAACACAAUUGUUAAAUCCUGGUGGUUUUGUCUGUGCUGUAGAUGAUCAGCUGAUUGUCUACCGCGGCAAAGCUUUAUUUAUUGAUCGGACCUAUGAGAGUCUGCAAAAUGUUCCUGUGCUCCGUGCACAGUUCUUAAAAAAGCACUUCGGUAUUGUGCAUAUUCUAAAAAAAGUAUAA